CACUUUUGGACCACCCGGCUGCCGUAGAGGAAGUGUUACCGGAGAGCAACCUCGUGUUGUAUUGUGGGAAGUGUGCCCCUAACAAUCAUGGCAGACGCAUUUGGAGACGGUUUGUUCAGCGUGUUUGACGAGGAACAACAAAGUGCCACAAGCAAAAAGAUACCUGCCUCACUGACUCCAGAAAUAGGCAAAGCUGUUGUUAAAAAUGGCACUGACAAGGAGGCUGGUCCAUCUCCCAGGGUCAAGAGGGAGGCAGACAGCGACGGUGGAGAGGAGGUGGUGUUUGGGAAGAAACCACGACUGGAAGCCGUAUCUGCGAAUGACCUAAAUCUUGCAGAAUUUAUGCCACAAGUGAAGGUGGAGCAAGUUGAGACUGUUGAAGGAUGUUCCCAUGAGGUCGCUCUGCCUGCCAGUGAUGAAUAUAAACCUCUGAAGCCGCGAGUGGGGAAAGCAGCCAAGGAGUAUCCUUUUAUUCUCGACCCGUUCCAGCGCGAGGCUAUUUUAUGUAUCGACAAUAACCAGUCCGUGCUUGUGUCCGCACACACAUCUGCUGGCAAGACUGUCUGUGCUGAAUAUGCCAUUGCACUAGCCCUCAGAGAGAAGCAGAGAGUGAUCUUUACCAGCCCCAUCAAAGCCCUCUCCAACCAGAAGUACAGAGAAAUGUACGAAGAGUUCCAGGAUGUGGGACUGAUGACUGGUGACGUCACCAUCAACCCCACUGCCUCCUGCCUUGUCAUGACAACAGAGAUCUUGAGGAGCAUGCUGUACCGAGGCUCUGAGAUCAUGAGGGAAGUGGCGUGGGUCGUCUUUGAUGAGAUCCAUUACAUGAGAGAUUCAGAGCGUGGUGUGGUGUGGGAGGAGACCAUCAUUCUUCUUCCUGACAACGUGCAUUACGUCUUCCUGUCGGCCACCAUCCCCAACGCUAGACAGUUUGCAGAGUGGAUUUGCCACCUACAUAAGCAGCCAUGCCAUGUAGUCUACACAGACUACCGGCCCACUCCGCUGCAACACUACAUCUUCCCUGCAGGGGGCGACGGACUCCACCUGGUGGUUGAUGAGAAUGGAGACUUCAGAGAGGACAAUUUCAAUACAGCUAUGCAGGUGCUGAGAGACGCUGGGGAUUCUGGGAGCAGCAGCGGAGGGGGCAAAUGGGACCCGAGAGGACGGAAAGGAGGAACCAGAGGUCCAUCCAGUGUGUUCAAAAUAGUGAAGAUGAUCAUGGAGAGGAACUUCCAGCCUGUCAUCAUUUUCAGCUUCAGCAAGAAAGAGUGUGAGGCGUACGCUCUGCAGGUGGCCAAACUGGACUUUAACAGGGAUGAUGAGAAACGCCUGGUGGAGGAAGUGUUCAACAACGCCGUGGACUGCCUGUCAGACGAAGACAAGAAACUCCCCCAGGUGGAGCAUGUGCUGCCGCUGUUGAAGAGGGGGAUAGGAAUCCAUCAUGGAGGCCUACUGCCCAUCCUGAAAGAGACCAUAGAGAUCCUUUUCUCUGAAGGCUUGCUGAAGGCCCUGUUUGCCACAGAGACAUUCGCCAUGGGCAUCAACAUGCCGGCUCGCACUGUGCUCUUCACUAGUGCCCGGAAGUUUGAUGGCAAGAAUCACCGCUUUAUUACUUCAGGUGAGUACAUCCAGAUGUCUGGGCGUGCUGGGAGGAGAGGAAUGGACGACAGGGGAAUUGUUAUCUUCAUGGUGGACGAAAAGAUGAGUCCAGCUGUAGGCAAACAGUUACUUAAGGGCUCAGCAGACCCUUUGAACAGUGCCUUCCACCUGACCUACAACAUGGUGCUCAACCUGCUGCGUGUGGAGGAAAUCAACCCAGAGUACAUGCUGGAGAAGUCUUUCUACCAGUUCCAACACUACAGGGCUUUGCCUGGUGUCGUGGAGAAAAUUAAGAAGUUGGAGGAGCAGUACCACGCCAUUGAGAUUCCCAAUGAAGAAAGUGUGGUCACUUACUUUAAAAUCAGACAGCAGCUGGCCAAACUGGGUAAAGAGAUACAAGAGUUUGUCCAUAAACCCAAGUACUGCUUGCCCUUCCUGCAGCCUGGGCGACUUGUCAAGGUAAAAAAUGAAGAUGCUGACUUUGGCUGGGGAGUCGUUGUAAACUUUUGCAAGAAGUCUAAUGUGAAGACCAGUACAGACUCAGAGCCGCUGUAUGUGGUGGAGGUCUUGGUCCACUGUAGUAAAGAGAGUGUAAAAGAUGCAGCGACUGAAGCUGCUAAACCUGCUGCUCCAGGGGAGACUGGAGAGAUGCAGGUGGUCCCAGUGAUGCUCCAUCUCCUGACUUCCAUCAGCUCAGUUCGUCUUUACAUCCCCAAAGACCUGAGGCCCUUUGACAACAGGCAGCUCAUGCUCAAGUCUAUACAGGAAGUGCAGAAGCGCUUCCCAGAUGGAGUUCCUCUGCUCGACCCUGUAGAUGACAUGGGCAUCAAAGACCCUGCACUGAAGAAAGUUAUUCAGAAGGUGGAGGCCUUUGAGCACCGCAUGUACUCCCACCCGCUGCACAGCGACCCCAACUUGGAAUCGGUCUAUUCUCUCUGUGAGAAGAAAGCUCUGAUUGCGGCAGAUGUUCGAACAGCCAAGCGAGAGCUGAAGAAAGCUCGGACCGUCCUGCAGAUGGACAAGCUGAAGUGCAGGAAAAGAGUUCUGCGGCGCCUCGGCUUCGCCAGUCCUUCUGACGUCAUCGAGAUGAAAGGGAGGGUCGCCUGUGAAAUCAGCAGCGCCGAUGAGCUCCUGUUGACCGAGAUGGUGUUCAACGGUCUCUUCAACGAUCUAACGGUCGAACAAGCCACCGCUCUGCUGUCCUGCUUUGUCUUCCAGGAGAACGCCAGUGAGAUGCCAAAACUGACUGAACAACUUGCUGCACCCUUGAGACAAAUGCAGGAGUGCGCCAAGCGUAUAGCCAAGGUGUCUGCAGACGCCAAGCUGGAGGUGGACGAGGAGACGUAUCUAAACCAGUUUAAGCCUCACCUGAUGGAUGUGGUCUACGCCUGGGCUAACGGAGCCACGUUUGCUCAGAUCUGCAAAAUGACCGACGUCUUUGAAGGAAGCAUCAUCCGCUGCAUGCGCCGUCUGGAGGAGGUACUGAGACAAAUGUGCUCUGCAGCCAAGGCCAUAGGCAACACUGAGCUGGAGAACAAGUUUGCUGAAGGAAUAACAAAGAUCAAGAGAGACAUCGUCUUUGCUGCCAGUCUCUACCUAUAAUGACCUCACAUCUUUCCCACAUGAUGGGCAGUUCCUACUGGUGGAUUCAUUCUGUUUUUGACUUUUUGUCAUGAUUAACCCCCUAUAGAUCUCUUAACCAUCCGCUCUUUGUUUUUGUGUCACAUUAGGGUCAACUUUUUGUCUUUGUAGUUCGGUUAAAACUGUUCUUGAUGGAAAAAUUAUUUAUUCGUCCCUCAGAUCACUCUUCUGAACAGUUUUUUUUUUCCAUCACACCUUACCUGAACUUUGUAAUGUUGAGUCCUUUUAUCCACGAAGAGAUCCAGGAUUUACUGCUUCCAUAAGGGUUCCUACCUUGUAAUGAAUGAUGUAGGAGCCAAUUUUAUAACUGAAUGAGCCUGAAUAUGUCUGAGGAUGUAAGCACAAGUGUUGCUUUUUUUUUUGUUUGUUUUUUCAUUUUUAAAGGCAUUUAAGUGAAUGCAUCUAUGUGGCCAGAAUAUAUUGAACAUACAGGCUUUUUAUUUUUUUGCUCACAUAAAGCAAAGUGGUGCAUCAUGAGAAAAGGUAAACAACACAAGCUUUUAAUUUUACGUGAUGGCUCAUGGCAUAAUACAUCAAACACUUUUGUUC